AAUCCACCCCAGUGGAUUGACCUCCGAACUUCCGCAUUUUGGCACAAAUUCAUUUAUCACCGGAGCACGUGCUCCCAAAUAAACAGUUCCCUUCCUACGAGAGUGUCUCGCGACACAUUGACAACUGGUGAGCAUAUCCCUCGAAACAACAUCGGCAAUGAUCCAUGUAUUGGUGGCAUUGAGACGGACAAAGACACAACCGACAGCUCCCGCUAACAACGUGGGAGUUUAAAAAUGUCUCGAAGGUUGCCGCGACUUGGCCGAAAGAGUCAUCUUCACGAUCAUCAGGCCAUACAGAAUUCAUCAAAUAGAAUUUGUACUUCCGUGCGUUGUUACCAGUGCCAUUGUUGAAGAUAAAUACAACGGAGAGCGGCGGUGCUUGAUUUCAUCUCAUCCACAAUCGAUUGACAAUUUUUCACGGGAAAAUAUCAACGUACGUGGAGACGUCGUCGACUUGAUCCGCUCUGGCGCCGUUUAUUGUUUGUUUGAUCAGUGCGACGCAAUCGGGGCGAACAGACUUUAUUUAUUCAAACUGUUGACGAUAGACGAAUUCCUUCAGCAAAUAAAUUCAUUUUCCGUGACGACGUCGGAGAGAAAGAAACAGGAAAGAUUGGAAAUUAAUCAAACUGUGGAAUAACGAAACGAUUGUUUGGUUCGCGAGGUGUGGAAGCGCAUUAUUGUUGAUGGUAUUUGUUCCGAUAUUAUUGAAUUCCAUCAAUCUGCGGACUGGGUGCGUAUGACUGGCUGGAACAGCUGAAAGCGUCACUGUCAGGAAGGAAUUAACCAGCGACGCUUGAAACUUUUUGCGUUUCUGGACGAAAUAGCCCGGGGGACUUUGGGAAAUUCUGGCAACUAACUCGUUGGCUAUAGUCGGCGACGGAGCCAGUAAUAAAUGUAGCGGACCAUCUACACGAGUGAGGACGCUUGGGCUCGGGGUUUGAUGAUUUCGUUAGUCACUUCCGUGUGAUUCCAGUGGUUCAAUUCCCUCAGUUUGUGGAUAAAAAAAUUGUUUGACAACUGUGAGAGCCUUCUGAAGGAUCAGCGAGAUGAAGUAAGAUGGUCCAACAAUAAUCAAGUUAACGAGCAUUGAUUCGACAUUGAGGGAACUCGAGUGAUAAAACUUCUGCUCGAUAAUUGGAAGUAAUGGCGGACACUGAGAAGAACUACUCGGUGGAGUACGGUAGAUUGAGGCGACUGACCAGCACAAUCGACCCCCAGAUUCGACAAAUCAGCUCGGAAUAUGGACUCACGGAGGAUCAGGUCGCAGAGUUCAAGGAGGCAUUCAUGCUAUUUGACAAGGACGAGGAUGGUACGAUCACAAUGGCUGAGCUCGGAGUCGUCAUGCGAUCACUCGGUCAGAGACCGUCAGAAACGGAACUUCGAGAUAUGGUUAACGAAGUGGAUCAGGACGGGAAUGGGACGAUCGAGUUCAAUGAGUUUCUUCAGAUGAUGUCGAAGAAAAUGAAGGGAGCAGAUGGGGAGGAUGAACUCCGGGAAGCUUUCAGAGUCUUCGAUAAGAAUAAUGAUGGAUUGAUUUCCUCAAUGGAAUUACGACACGUGAUGACGAAUCUUGGUGAAAAAUUGUCGGAGGAGGAGGUUGAUGACAUGAUUAAGGAAGCUGACCUUGAUGGAGAUGGAAUGGUCAACUACGAAGAGUUUGUGACAAUCCUGACAGCCAAGAAUUAGUUCAUACGCCAGAAACGAAACCGCAACUCCAGUAAAUCACGACAACCAACAAUGAGCUGUAAUAAAUGAAGCAAUAUGCAUGACUCUAAGUGUGCUUUAAGAACAGUAAACUCAGAAGUCCUUAAACCACAAAAAACGACCAUGAACGAGUGUUUCCCUACCACGAUGAGACAACUAACUCAGCAAAUCCUCGAUUUAUCAAGAAAAACGUGAUUAGUUUUCGACGCACUGUUCAUCGUAAAGGAUCAUUGCCUCCUCGAGUUAGGGAUUCAUGGAAUUUAUUCAACGGUACGAACACAAAACGAUGUAUAACAUAAUAUAACAGAUGAGAUUACGUUGGCAUGCACAAAAACGUUCCUCAAAUAUCUCUGUGGCAAAUCCAUGAAACUUACAAAAUAACACGAGUUCCAUACGAAAAUGAACAAAUUCACAAACUUUUCGCUGUGCUAUGAGGUAAUGUACACAUGCACAUCAUCGGUCUCAACAGAUAAACAUAAAUUAACAUGAAAAAAGUUUCUACUUAUUUUUUGAAACAAAAAUAAGAAAAAAAAAAGAAGAUAUUCAUUUGUAUUUUAAGCUAGUUCACUAAAUUUAAGAACAAGGUUGCUCCAGAAACAAUCAACUGAGCUUCGGUUAGCGUGUACUUAUGUAAAGGGAAAUAAAUAAUUUGAACAUCGGAAGUCAUCGAUCAAUUUCGUACGGCGUCCGAUAUUAAGAAUCGUUGGAAACAAGUGUUUGAACAACGAUUAAUGAAUUGAAAAAAAAUUAAUUACCUGCUACUUUUCAUUGGUAUACAUAUAACAAUUUAGCCAAAUUGCUAGAGACACUUUUCGGGAUUUGAGAUAUUCAAAUAGUGUAAUAAUAAUUUUUAUACAUGAACAAACAUAAAAGGCGAAUAUUUCGUCUCUAUGAAACGUUACAAAUUUCGCUAAUGUUAAGAAUCUGCACAAUGGCAAUUGUUUCGAUAAACUAUGUAGAGGUGACUCAAUUAGUUGAGUCAACUGAUUUAGUAACACAGGAGAGAAUCUCAAAUCCUGAGAAAUGAUUAAUCGGAUAUUCAGCAUACAAAAAAAAAAAAUUCAUUUCACACUCGAAUAACAUUCGUAUGGAGGACAAAUUUAUUAUCUUCGUCACUUCACACUCUAACAAUUUACCCGCCAUUAUAUCGCGCACGCAAUUAACUUUGGAAAAUAAAAUAAACAAUGGCGCAAAAAUAGAGGAGGAAUAAACACGGGGUACGGUAUUGAGCAUCAAGAAUUGUUCACGCAUUGCGAUUUGAUGCGAACUAUCGUUGUGCGACUAAGUAAUGAGAUAAUAUUCAAGUAGAUGUGUAGAAUGAUUGAUGGUUAUUAUUGUACAAUGUAUAGGACAUGCGAUAUUUUUAUUGUUCCAUAUGAGAAAAUAAAUACGUUGAGCGUGCCCCAGAGAAACGAAAUCAAUCUAAAAGAGACAUACAGAGAAAGCAAUUAUAAAUAAACUAAAACAGACUCAACGGAUUUAAUAGGAUAUACUCUUUCGAUGAAACGUAUGAACCAGGAUUGCAGAAAAAAUGCCGUUGUUGUCAUCGGUAACGUCGAUUAUUCAACAGAAGAGAUAGACAAUAAUGUUACGUUUAUUCAUUCUGACGAUGGCUUAUGAGAAAUAUAUAAUAGAUAUAUUUACCAAAUGAAAAGACAUCACAGUGAUAUUUUACAUCUCUGUGAUGGCGAGGGUAGUAAAGAGGAAAUGCAAUGUUAAAUUAUUGAGAUAAUACAUCGACGUUUCCGGUUGUUUCUUCGGGGUUUACAUGUUAGAUAAGUAAAUGAUGUUCAAUAAGCGGGUAAGAUAUUUGAUGAAUAGUAUAGGGAAAUAUUGAAACGCCAUAUUGACAAAGCAAUACAAAUGAAAAAUAUAAUGUACCUCAAAAGACAUUUCUGGAAUAUAAAAAUAAUUUUAAAAAGGGAUGUAUUUUUUUUCAAGAGUCCAAUGAGAUCAAUCAGAGAUUUUAAUGAAGUCGAGGGGGAGAUAAUCGCGAUGAGCCAACUCAAAUAGUAAUUCAUAACGUCCCAAUGACAAUAUGUGACAGAUUUAAAGAAAAAAUUACAUCUAUCCGAACGGGUUUAUGCCUGGACGGCCUAAGUUUAUUGUUUCCAUAAAAAAAAAUAAACUGAACGGUUGAGGAAAUAGAAAUAGUGGAGAUUAAUUCAUUGAUUUGUGAUUGAUUUAAGAUUAACCGAUUAGAAAAUUUGGAUCUGUCCAUUUUUUUAUUUAUUUUGAUAAUUCGAUAUGCCUAAGUGAAUAUUUUUCUUGCUUGCAAUGUUAAUUAUUGCCCAAUUGGCCGGUAAAGAGGCCCACAAAGUGUUCACUGUUUUUUGUCAUACUUAUUGAGAAAGAAAAUGUUUAAUAUGGCUGUCAAUGUAUUUUUUGCACGAAAUUUGUAAUGAAUAACAUGAUUUUUAAUGAGAUUAUAGAAAAUAUUACUUAUGGAACACGUUGCACGAUUCAAUCUAUGAAUAUUCUAUUGAAUUGAUUUAUUAAUUGAUAUUCCGUCUACGUGUUCACGUCUUGAAUUAUUUACCAAAAUACUAAAAUAUGGAAAGAAUUGUAAAACAUAAUUACUGUACAUUUCUAAAUGAACAAUACGCUCGGCGUGACUAUCUGAUGUUUUAUGAAUCAAUGUAAUUAUUUAUAAUAAUUGACUGUUUACCUCUGUAUAAUCUGACGAUCUGAUUCGGCACUCCUUCCACCCACCCCCUCAUUACUUCAGAACUUCCAUGUAUUCGGAGAUAUGAUAUUUUCAUCACGGUCUAAUAAAAAAAAACAUAUUUUUAUAGCUUUCAAAAACAAUUCCACGCACGCCAAUCUGUAAUUCAUAUUUUAUGAAAAUUUAUCAUCCAUUAUUAUCUGAAACAGUGGAAUCAUUGAUAUUGUUAUAUGUAUGGCUAUGAGUCGAAAAUACAGGUCGUCCCAAACAUUAACAUAAACAA